AGAAGAGGGGGAAGAUGAUUACGGUCGAGCGAAGACGCCGACGUCGGUGUACGACGUGAAAAUUUUGGUCGAUCCGAGCCAACGUGGAACGCUGGUGGGAAAGCAGAAGAAACUGAUGGACCAGGUGUGGCCUACGGAGAAGAGCGCGACGGAUGACUCGAGUGGCACCAAGUAUCUCGAGCCCCAGAUCACGGAAUCACCGGAUAUAUUUGGCAGCACCGCUGCUGAAACUGUCGGCCUGCCCAUCGAAACAACGUGUUUCUACGUCGUUCUGAAGAACGAAAGGAAGCGCGCGAGGGCAAAGCGCGAUGCACGUCGUCGUGAAGGGAGCCUUCGUCUUCCAGCAAGCUCGGUUCGACCACGAGAUCGUCUUCUUGAGAAUGUAACGAGCGAACGUACAUUGCGGAGCAAGAAACCGAAGAGGAGUGCCGACGGAGGAAACACGAGGCCGAAACUUGACGAGUUUCCGGAUACCGGCGACGGGCCUUCGACGAUGAGAGGCCGCAAGUUGUGCGGGAUCGGCGAGAAUAAGCUGAAACGUCGUACUGUCAAACACAAGAAGAGUACCAGAAAUGCGAAAUGCAACGGCAAGAAAGCGAAAUCGGCCGAGCCGCAAAAAUCACGAGUCGUCGACUCGCAUGCUCCGCGAGUUCGCGAGGCGGGUAGCCGCGUUGUGGAUAAAAAGAAUCCGGAUCACCGCAGGAGGAUCGUCGCGAAGGCGAGCGUUGAUCAUCAUAUUCGAGUAGAGGACAGCGAUAACGGAGAAAGUGAGGGGAAAUUAAGCCGUCAUGAUGUCGCAGUCGCCGAUCGUAGAAACAAAUCCGCGCCGGGCGUUGGGAAGACGCGCGGUUGCGCGGAUUGCAUCUGCGACAUCUCGGACGUGAUCGACCGGGUGAAGUCUGUCUUGGACGGAUCGAGUUAUCCGUUGGACGAGAUCAAGGCGCUCAAUUGCAGCAGGUUCAAAGAGACCCGGGAGAAAAUAGUGAUCUCGGUGGACUCCGACGUGGAGGAGGACGCCAGGGCGUUUCCGCAGCCGCGUUACAACACCGAAUCGCUGAAGGGGCAAAAGUACAUCAAGCCGCAGGAGCUCGGGGCCGAUCCCAGGGGUGACUUACCGCUCGAGAACGAUCGCGAUAUCAUUUCGCUACCGGGUCUUAAUCUGAACGUGCCCUGUAACCGAGACGGCGACGGUGUCACUUGGCUGUCGAGUGUCGGCAGGCCGAGUUACACGUGGAAACGGGCGGACGGUAUCGCGCUUUACGGUUUCGUGGCGGAGAACGGUGACUUGGAAUUGCGGAACGUGAAUGCGAGAGACACGGGGAAUUACACGUGCGUCGUGACGUACACGGGCGCCGACAACGAGGAGCCCGUGGAGGCCACUUACGAAGUUCGCCUGCGAGUCGUGACCUUGCCGAGGUACAUUCUACACGGCGAGAGUCGUUAUCGCGUGCGAUUCUGCGACGAGAGAGGCUUGGACGCGCUGACGACGUAUCUACCCUUGAAAUUGAACAACGUUCUGUGCGAGGCGGACAUCUGCAACGCUUACGUACUGACACCGUCUUGCUCCCGCAACCAAAUCACGAUGAAUGUUCUGAUAGUGCCGUCGCAUAUCGUGAAACUGACGACGAUCGAUCACAAACGUUGCAACGUCUUCUGCCUCAAAGCCAUUCAGGACAAGCUCUCGCUGGUACUGAGUAAAAAUCUGCAGAUCUUCCUCGAGAAAACCAUUAUUUUCAGAUUACUCCAUUUCGAGCAGAAACUGGUGCCGAUUGUGGAAAAGCCGUCGCUUGCGAGACGAAGGAGAGGCGAGAACGGCGAGAGCGAGCUCGACGAUGCUUUCGGCGACGAUGUCGGCUUAUUUUCCAGCUGCCCGGCUGGAUACGGUCUUCGCGGUACGCAUUGUGUUCCUUGCGACGUGGAUACUUACAGCGAGGACGGGGUAUCGCGCUGCAAAAAGUGCCCGCCCGGCACUUACCAGCCGAAUCACGGCGCCAGAGUUUGUCGUACGUGCACUAGUCCAUUGACGAGAGGCUGUUAUAACAUGCUCUGGAAUUCGUUCUCCGCCGUGAUGAUGACUCUGGCGAGUCUCAGCGUGAUGCUGUCGAUAUUCCUGCUGUUACUGUGGUUGGUCUGCUGCGCCAAGAAGAAAUUCUGCGCGAAGCGAAUAAUCAGCGUCGUAUCCGACGAAGGCGCACUUCUACAAGAGAAACACGUGGAGGAAGAACCAUUAAUUAAGGACGUUAGUGAGAACGAGGAUCAGCUAUGGGACGGUGAAUAUAGAAUUAAGAAGAAGCGGGGGAAGUUCAGUGUAAAUAGGAAACGUCGGAAGCAGAGCGAGAAGAGAUACGAAAAGACACACGAAGACGAAUGGGGAUCGCAUCGUAUAAUGGACGCGCCGGUCAACGGCCUCGACUCUUAUCGGUCUCACGAAGAUUACAAUAACCAUUACCCGAAGCAAUCGCACCGUAAAGGACCCCGUCUGCCCGAGCGUGACUUCGACACGUGAUCAACGACGGAUCAUAUCAUGGAGAGUAUAUGACGGAAACGUGUAGCUCAAGUGAACUUUGUACAAAUACUUUAGACUUAAUUCCUAAUUCUUGAAACCUAUGUAACAUCUAUGAGUAAGUACCUGUUCAACUUUAACGGUUAAUUAUAUCUAGCUUAAAUAGUGUGUAUUAAUUACCAGGCGCCUAUUGUGUAUCGAAGUGAGUACGUUAUAAUCAAAUGCUAUCUGUAUAAAUGCAUAUAUAUGUGUAUACAUACAUACACACAUACACACACACACACAUGGGAAGUGCGACAUUUGCACAACUGUAUACACACAUAGGAUAAGCGUUUAUUUUAUCUUCCCAUCGUCAACAAGGUGACAAGAUUCAAUUAAAGUAUAUGACAAGCAAGAUAAUCUGGUGUCAUCUGAUGAGAUAUAGAUGCUCGCAACUGCAAGGUUGUAAAAUUGAUAUUCUAUAACCCAAUCUUGGUGUGAUAUCCACUUUUAAUGAAGGUUCAAGUUAAGCGAACAUAUGAUCCGAUACUACUGAGGUCUCUUCGUUACAAAUA